CAACUACCAUUCCUCCUCCAUGUUUCAUAUACCUUCUAUCCCCAUUCCCCACCUCCAUGCCAGUCCAUUCCUCAAACCCUUGAGCAUCACAUAUUCACAUCAAAAUAUCUGUGGAAUUCACCAAAAACAGAAAUGGCAAGCAACAAGUCGCGGGAAGGCGAUGAGCGUGCUGGGGCAGAGAUCGUGUAUGGGGCCGAUGACUGCUACCGCCACUCCAUAGAGCUCCUGGAGGAGCUGGGGUUCCCUAAAGGUGUCCUUCCUUUGCAAGACCUGGAAGAAUGUGGUAGAGUUAGGGAAACGGGGUUCGUCUGGAUGAAACAGAAGGCCCCCUACGAACAUUUCUUUGCUGGGACAAAUACUCGAGUAAGCUAUGCAAUGGAGGUUACUGCGUACGUAGAGAAGUUUAAGAUGAAGAAAAUGACUGGGGUUAAGAGCAAACAGGUUUUCUUGUGGGUGCCCAUAACUGAGAUGAGCAUCGAGGACUCUGCCAGCAACAAAAUAUACUUCAAGACUCCGAUGGGGAUCGGUAAAUCUUUUCCCAUCACGGCUUUCAUGACGGAUGAGGAGAAGCACAAAUAUCUGGAAGAGAAAGCCAAGAAAUGAGAUCCUCUUCUCUAGCCUCCUACAGGACCAUUAAUGCUUCGGAAUAUUGCUCACUUCGACUCAGUGAGGAUACAAAUAAACAAUUUAUUUAUGCUGUUAAACUCGUUGAUUGAUUACUGCAAUUUCUAUGCCUUGAUUUUCUUAUGAAUUUGAUCACAAGCCUAGUUUUUUCCUCA